CCGAAGACGGGCACACCCCUGCCACGGCGGCUCGUUCCGCCUGCGCGAUGAAAAUGCACUGCUCGACUGCGCCGUGGACGGGAAACCAGAGAAACCAGAGCCUGUUCUUCGCAGCAGCAGCUUCGACGCCGCCAUGUGGACGUUCCGGGCUGCCUCGUGCGGUGCAUUGUUGGAGGAAUUCGCCUCGCUGAUCUGAAGUUGCUCAGUAGGCCAGGGGGCGGCAAGCUCAGGCCUCACAGCGCUUAGGCAAACAGCGGCGGCCAAUCGGAGGCUUUUGUUGACCUGCUCUGCACUGUGAUCGCUCCUCCACACCAUACGCGCCCAUCUCAUCCCUCCCGUCCUCCAUGUUUCUCUUCCACCGCGUUGGCCAAUACGCAGAUAGCAGCAUGCCAAGACUGGAUAGACCUGGAUCCGAAUUCCCAAAUUAAAACGUGCGAAUGCCGGCAGCCAACCCCAACCUCGUGCCAGCGUGAUGGCUAACCGCCAGAGGGGCAACUGUGUAAGAGGGGUGAGAUGAGAUGCAAAUAUAGAGCCGCCUGCCCUCGCUCUGGGGCCAUCGUGUUGGACGUCUGAUCUUUUCUCUCCCCACCCACAUCUGCAUCUUGUUUUGCUAUACCACCGCGCCAUUGUCGUACCACAUUUUAUCCGCUUCGCUGCAUCUGCCUCGCAUUUAUGGGCCGAUCAAUUUGUGCAUCAUGGCUGAUGCCUCUCAUCUUCGCACAGCUGAUCCUCGCCCAAUCUGUUGAAGAGUCAAAAGGCACUGGAGGAUCAGAUUUACCGAGUGCUGGCUACAACGGCGGUGAUGACAACCCUCAGGAUCCCAGUGAUGCAGGAGCCGAAGGUUCUUCUAAGGGCGCCUUCAACAUCUCAAAAGGUGGUCUCGCUGCCAUCAUCGUAGUAGCCAGCGUAGUGGCCAUCAUUGGAAUCGGCUCUGCUGUUCUGUUUUGGCUUGCCAAAAAACGACAGUGGGAUGUGAGACAAUCUUUCCGUCGUGCAUCUCGUCGCAUCACAGGCCGGUCGACCGCCGACUUGCCCAGCACAAAGCGUCAAAAUCGCCGCACUGGAGUUCGAUUGGAUGAUCCGCCGCGCAGGAAGCCAAAGCCUGGCCAGGAGAGGGACGUGGAGAAAGCGCUCGGAAACGGACCCGGAAAGAAUACGACUAAAAUUACCAGCACAUUUGAUGUCGAUACACCCACCCCCAAGGCGAAGGGAUUUGGGAGUCUGAUGGGUGGGAAGAAGUGA